AUGUCGCCCCCCGGCGUCACUGAAGUUCAGGAGCCCCUUCCGCUUCCCGGGCGGGAUUCCCUCGAGCUCGCUUCACUGGCUGAUUCGGAUCAUGAUGAGCUUCCUACCUCCGAGUCCUCUUCCAGGUCCGGCGUCUCCUCUUCUCGACGAUUAUCUCUCGAGAACGAAGACCCUCUCGACAGCGCCAACCCGGCAGCACGCGACCGCUUACGGGGACGAUCUUACUCCGUAUCCUCCGCCUUCGACUUCACCCCGGCGCUGUUCCCCCUCUCCUCGACCGGAGGAGGAUAUACUGCACUUGGGAAUCCAUCAAAUGUGUCGCUGUCACUGGAAAGACGAGGCCCCCUGCAAAAUCUAGAGAAGAACAAGACCUUGACAUAUCUGAACGGCCUUUCCUUGGUGGUUGGGUUGAUCAUUGGCUCGGGGAUAUUUUCUUCACCAGCCCAAGUGAAUUCUCAUGCAGGAUCUCCAGGGGCAUCGCUGAUUGUAUGGACGAUAUCCGGACUCCUGGCGUGGACCGGGGCCACGUCUUAUGCAGAGCUAGGAGGAGCCAUCCCCCUCAACGGAGGUGCUCAAGUAUAUCUGGCCAAAAUUUUUGGAGAGGUAGUUGGGUUUCUCUUCACGUGGUCAGCCAUCCUGGUUUUGAAACCGGGGGGGGCGGCCAUCAUCGCCAUUAUCUUCGGAGAAUACAUGGUGCGUGCGGUGAUUGGGGCGGAGGUCGAAGACAUCAAUCCCUGGAUUAACAAGAUCCCCGCCUUGGGCGCCCUCACCCUCGUGACCCUCCUCAACUGUGUCUCAACACGCUUUGCAGCACGCAUGGGCGACAUUUUCAUGUUCUUCAAGUUUGUAGCGCUGGUCGCCGUGACGAUCGUCGGCAUCAUCGUUGCUGUAACGGGUCUUUCCUUCAACGGCGCUGCGAACAGAGACUGGCGAAACCACAACUGGUUCGAGGGAACGUCAACCGACAUCUCCAACUGGGCCGUUGCUUUAUACGCGGGACUCUGGGCAUUUGACGGCUGGGACAACACGAACUAUGUGACGGGAGAAUUCAAGAAUCCAAGCCGCGACCUACCCCGGGUAAUCCACACCGCCAUGCCCGCCGUCAUCGCCUGCUAUCUCCUGGCCAACAUCUCAUACAUCUUCGUCCUUCCCAUUGAAACGAUCAACAAAUCCAACACUGUCGCCGUGCAGUUCGGCAGCAAAGUCUUCGGAUCUAUCGGCGGACUCGUCCUCGCUCUCAUCGUCGGCGCGUCCUGCUUUGGCGCCCUGAACGCCACGACAUUCACCUCCGGCCGACUCGUCUACGUCGCCGGGCGCGAAGGCUACAUCCCUUCCAUCUUCGGCAAGAUCGGCUUCGGCUACGCCUCUGGCCCGGAGACACCCGCACCGCUGAACAAACUUCGCAAACGCUCCUGGUUUUCCAAGACACUGGCGCGAGUGUUCGGCGACGAAUCCAUCGGCCUCGGUUACACGCCCGUGAACGCCAUGUUACUUAACAUGGCCCUGUGCUUGAUCUACAUCUGCCUCGGCGAGUUCAAGACACUCAUUACCUUCUACGGCGUCGCAGGCUACACGUUCUACUUCCUGACCGUGUUGGGCCUAAUUGUGCUUCGAAUCAGGGAACCACAUCUCGAACGGCCUUAUCGCACCUGGAUUACGACGCCUAUCAUCUUCUGCUGCGUGAGUUUAUUCCUCGUCAGCCGUGCCGUGAUCGCACAGCCACUGCAGACCGUGAUUGUUAUCGCAUUCGUUGCCAGUGGCGUCCCCGUGUAUUAUUGGCGUGUUGUGCGGAGAGACGACUCUGGGGUAUCGGGGAAAAGGGAACGAAGAUUCUGGAGGCGAUGGGGCAGGUCCGGAAGGUAA